AUAUUCAAUAUUAUUAUAUCGAAUUUUAAGAUAAAUGGGGUGUGGCAAUAAAAGAUUGAGCUUUGCAAUAGAAUAGAAUAAUCUAAUAAAGUUCCAAUUUUUAUUCUUUUAUUCAAAGAAGAAGAAGAAGAAGGAAAAUCUUCUCUUCAUCUCCAGACUCCAGCGAAUCUUAUAAUACUUCCGACGCGAUUAUCGAGUCGUCAGAAUAAAGAAAGGAGAGAAGAGAUGGAGAUCGACAAAGCGAUCGGAGAAAGCGACGAUAAGAGGUUGAAGACAAAGUACAACAACGCCAUCUUCGUCAUCAGAAGAGCUCUUUCUCUUUACUCUAUUGAAGAGGUCGCUUUUAGUUUCAACGGAGGAAAAGAUUCUACUGUGUUACUCCACCUUCUCAGAGCCGGCUACUUUUUGCAUAAGAAAGAGCUUAGCUGUUCUAAUGGAGGUCUAUCAAGUUUUCCGGUCCGAACCAUAUACUUCGAGAGCCCUUCUGCCUUCACUGAAAUCAAUGCAUUCACAUACGAUGCAGCUCAAACUUACGGUAUCCAGCUUGAUAUCAUUCGUCAAGAUUUCAAAUCCGGGUUGGAGGCUUUGUUGAAAGCUAACCCUAUCAGAGCUAUCUUUCUUGGCGUUCGAAUUGGUGAUCCUACUGCGGUUGGUCAAGAGCAAUUCUCUCCUAGUUCCCCUGGAUGGCCUCCCUUUAUGAGGGUGAAUCCUAUUUUGGAUUGGUCAUAUAGAGAUGUUUGGGCUUUUCUCCUAACUUGCAAGGUCAAGUAUUGCAGUCUUUAUGACCAGGGAUAUACAUCAAUUGGGAGUAUUCAUGAUACUGUCCCCAACGCGUUACUGUCUGUUAACGACACCAGCAGUAAAGAGAAAUUCAAACCUGCUUAUUUGCUUUCUGAUGGGAGGUUAGAGAGGGCAGGCAGAGUCAAGAAAAAUGCUUCAACCAAGAACGACGUAGGAAGUGAUUCACAAAAACAUGAGGUGCUUUUGGCCUCAGUCAUUGCCGUUGGCGAUGAGAUUCUGUCUGGCACUGUUGAAGAUCAGUUAGGACUGUCUCUGUGUAAAAAGCUGACUUCUGUUGGUUGGUCGGUGCAACAAACUUCUGUUCUUCGGAAUGAUAUUGAUUCUGUAUCCGAGGAAGUUGAUCGCCAAAGGUCUAUCUGUGAUAUGGUAUUUAUAUAUGGAGGAGUUGGCCCUUUGCAUUCAGAUGUUACUCUGGCUGGUGUUGCCAAGGCAUUUGGGGUUCGCCUGGCACCUGAUGAAGAGUUUGAGGAAUAUCUUAGGCAUCUUAUCAGCGAGCAUUGCACAGGCGACAGAAAUGAAAUGGCUCAGUUACCGGAAGGAAUUACUGAACUACUGCAUCAUGAAAAGCUUUCGGUGCCAUUGAUCAAGUGCCGCAAUGUGAUUGUUCUUGCUGCUACAAACACUGAGGAGCUCGAGAAGGAGUGGGAAUGUCUGACCGAGCUAACUAAAUUGGGUGGAAGUACAUCAUCACUCAUGGAGCUAUACGCGUCAAGGCGCUUGAUGACAUCUUUGACAGAUGUUGAAAUUGCAGAACCUCUGUCCAAACUUGGUCUCGAGUUCCCGGACAUAUACCUUGGGUGUUACAGGAAAUCCAGACAAGGUCCUAUCAUCAUCUGCUUGAAGGGAAAGGAUAAUGCACGGAUUGACUCAGCCGUACAGGCUCUACGCAAGAAGUUCAAGGAAGGCGUAUUCGUAGACAUGAAAUAGAUACAGGUCGAGCGUGAGAGGUGGCUUCAGUGGCCGGUCACAGACGCUGAGAUGAAGUAAACCGGGGAGAACCUUUAAACUGAAUGUCUUAUCAACUUUUAUUAUUACGGAAUUUGUAGGAAAGUAGCCCCAAAGGGUUUUGCUUUUUAUACGUUGUCAUGAUUCAUGAACGGUUUAAUAAUGAUAUGAUUUUAUGUUGCA